AUGGGCAACACUAGCCUAAUUAGGUGUUGUUUGGCUUGCAUCCUCCCAUGCGGCGCGCUCGACUUGAUUCGGGUCGUGCACCUAAACGGGUACGUGGAGGAGUUAACGGGCCGGGUCACGGCUGGCGAGGUCCUCAAGAGCCACCCGAGCCACGUUCUCACUAGCCCGUGCUCUCAAGGGGCCAUGGCUCGGCGGAUCUUGAUCGUCUCGCCUGGAACCGAGCUCAAGAGGGGCUCGAUUUACUUCUUGGUACCCGAGUCAUUGUUGCACGGCCACGAGAAGGUCGGGACGAAAAAGAAGGGAGGUUCGAAGCUGCCGCGGGUCGCGGAGAAAAAUGAACCGCGGUCUUUGAGGAGGCGGAAAGUGGCGGCGGACGAGUGGCGGCCGCGGCUGGAGAGUAUAUUGGAGGACUUUUGA